UACUUCUAAAUAAUAAUGCAAGAAACAAUUAAAGUACGAUUACCGGCAGAUUGCCUUCGAGAAAUAUUCGAAAAUCUUUCACAAGAAAAAAAAUCAUUAAGAACCUUUUUAUUGGUUAAUAGAUUAUGGUGUGAAACGGUAAUACCUAUAUUAUGGAGAGAUCCAUUUAAAUUAAAGAGAACGUAUAAUAGUGAUCCAGGAUUUUGGACGACAAUUACUAGAACUUUAUUAUCAUGUUUAUCAGAAGAAUCUAUUAUAUUAUUUAAACAAAAUGGAAUUUAUCCUCCAAUGAUUCCAUUAGAAGAAUGUAAACCUACAUUAUUUGAUUAUGUUGGAUAUUGUCAAAAUAUAUCAUGUCAAGAUAUAUAUGAAAUUAUACCUCAAAUAAUUGGAAAAGAAGAAAUUUUAACAAAUGUAUCAUAUUAUCAUAAAGGAAAUUUAGUAGAAAAUGAAUUAUGGAAAUUAUUUAUUACUAGAUGUUCAACAAUAAAAUAUUUAGAAUUACCAAAUAUAUCAUUACUUGAUUAUUAUAAUCAUGAUCUUAAUAAUAGAGGUUCAUGUUUAUCUCAUUUG